AUCGGAACAAAAUGGAAAGAUGUGGUCUCCAGGUGCAUUCGAUGUCACUUUCAGCCAUUGUUGCUAUUUUAUGCUAACCCAGAUGGCACAGCCGUAUCUCCAGAAGAUGCUCCAAAGCAGAUUAUUCACUGGUCUCAGUGCAAAGCAGGAGGAAAUGGGGAAGACUUGGGAUUUGAAAAGCAUUCUGCUCCUAAAUCAGACCUUGUGAAAGAGAAUGGAAUUGGAGACCCGACUAAUCAAAGGAGUAAUAAAAAACUUCAGCCAGAUAAUCCAGCAUUCAGUAGGAGCCAUAUUCAAGCUAGUGGUGGUAGAGGGCCAGCUAAGUUAGGUUACAGCGAUCAAAAGGAGAGGCUAAAGGACAUCUCCAGAGAGUGUGCUCAGAAAGCUGCUGAUAUGAAGAACUUCUCAUCUUUGCGAAAAGAUGCGGACAGAGGACCAAGAAAAGAGUCUGGGAGACAAAGAGACUUGAUUGGGGAAGAUCGUUCCAAUGUUAAGUUGGGGUCUCCUCUGGUUGGAAAUGGACUUAGACACUGUGCUGAUCAGCGCAUAUACAGCAGCCAGGGAAGAGGCUGCUAUAAACAUGACAAUGCACCUCACCAAGCAAAGCUUUCUGUACAGGUACUUGGAUCAAAUAAAACAGAAGCUUUUCCUGCUGGGGAGAAACCAAUGAUCAGGACCAGAACUGACGGUGUGACUGGCUACGAUACAGACACUAGUCAAGACUCGAGGGACAAAGGGAGUAUCAGCAGCAGCAGAAGCAGAAGUAAAGGUUGGAAACCUAUGCGAGAGACACUAAACGUAGACAGCAUUUUCAGUGAGACUGAGAAAAAACAGCAUAGCCCAAAGCACAAGGCAAAUCCGAGCAGUAAAUCUAAGCAUGAAAAGGAGCGAAGCUUUAACCAUUGGCCAAAAGAGAACCAAAUCCAGAAAGGUUUAAUGACUAUAUAUGAAGAUGAAACAAAACAGGAUACAGGAAGUCGAAGUUCACUGGAUUCGGAGGGAAAAGGGAAUGCUGAAAAAAGCAAAGGAUUUACAGAGAGAAAAAUCCAUGGUGAUAACUGGCAAAUUCAGAGGACAGAAUCUGGAUAUGAAAGUAGUGAUCAUAUCAGCAAUGGAUCUGCAAAUCCAGAUUCGCCUGUUAUUGAAGGAAUCAAUACAGCAGAUGUCAAGAAUGUUAGAGAAAGUGCUUCCUGCAGGAAGGAAUUGACAGUGUGUUUGUCAGCUCCCUAUCUGGAUUGCGACCAGAACUUGUCAACCAAAAAAGCUGACAAUGUGUUACAUUCAGUAUCCCAGCAGAACAGAAGCUUUUAUGACUUGAGGAAAGACCAGAUCAAUUCAGACGUUAACUACAGACCUCAUGUUAAUUUCCCAACAGAAUUACAGCUGCAGGUGCCCAGUCCUCCAGUAAAGAGAGCUGAAAUGCCUGAGACCAACAGGAAAUUCUUCCCAUCAUCAGCUCUACAGCCAGUUCUUAAAGACAUCGUUAAGUCAGAAAGUAGGAACAAGGCCAGCGAACAGAAUCCUUCAGAGUGGCUUAAUCCAGACAAGCUUGAGAAGAUGAAUGUGUCAGUAUAUUGUGCUGAUGGCGUAUCCCACACCAAUGUAGAAAACGUCUGUGGAAGGAAGCUGAUGAACAGUGACUUUCACUCCUCUUGCCAGCCACAGUCUCAGCACGCAAGAACGGUUGGCCCCAAGGUGGGGUUGUCACCUUGUGUGGCACAGAACCUGUCAGAAAGGCCCAUGGGGCUUCCCCCUCCCGGUGAGCACGCUGGGCACCCACUCCGAAGGGUGGAUGCUCUUUGGGUGCCUGAAGCAGUGUACCAGAAUCUUCCUCCCCCUUUACCGCCAAAGAAAUAUGCUCUGAAUACUUUGCCAGGAUCAGAAAAUAACUUGGCAGCUGAUCUAAGAUCAACAGAAGUGUUGCAAAAUAACCCAUUAAGGCAAACAGGUACACCUUUAAAAUCUGCAUCAGAAUCAAGCAUAUUUACAAACGAACAAAGGCUUAAAGAACCAUUUCAAGGGAGUGAGCUGUUUGUUAAUAAACCAGAUUCACCACCUCACUUACCAGUUAAUGACUUUUGGACUGUGUCUGAAAACUUUUUAAAGAAAGGAUCUCGUCAUACGGGACCAGGUGCUGGCUAUGUGGAUGGAAAUGAGAAUGUAUCCCUAACGACUUAUUUUUCAGUAGAUAGUUGUAUGACUGACACAUACAGGAUGAAAUAUCAUCAGAGACCCAAACUGUAUUUUGCAGAUAGCGGAAGCUUUCACAAAGAAAAGCAUCCUCCAUCAGCUGGAGUAGAACUGAAUGCUACAUACCAUGCUACUCUUGAGCCCAGGCAUCCCACAUCUGAGCAAAGGUACAAGGCAAGCGUAGAGGGCAUACACUGCAGUAGAUAG